GUAUGGACAGAAACAGGGUUCUUUGGAAUACGGGGAGAGAGAGAUGUGAAAGCGAAUCUUGGAAGUACAGAUCUAGCUGCAAAAAAGAACAAAAGCUGGGGCAACCGUGCAAGGACCAGUAACCAAAAAUCAUCUCCUAAUAGUGUGAGCCAAGGAUUGGAUUAG